UAACCAUGUCUCAAACAUCAUCUACUGACAUUUGCGAUUUACUAGCCAAAAAUGUCUCCAUCAUCGUUCACCAGCAAUUCAAGUCUCACGCAUCUUUUCCCGAUCCUUAAUGUCCUGCAUGGAUUCACCACUUGUCCCACUUUAGCACUCACAAACGUUGCCAACGUCUCGUUAUCUGACAACGCCCUCGGUAUCCACAAAAACACAGGACAUCUUACUCACAAUGUCGUAAAUCCCCCGAUGCCAAUCGCCCUUUGUGGAAAUGAACCGCCUCCGCAGGUUGCUUGGGAGGCUUUCUAUCCCAAAGGCAGCAUAAGCCCUCAAACCGAGAAGCCUGGUGGCUUAGGAUUCUACCUCAGCGGACCCUCCGACUUUGCUAGGGCAUUAGAAAAUGGCGCAUCCGAGGCUUUGUUCAGCUACAAAGUCAUGUUCCAACCCGACUGGGAAUGGGUCAAAGGUGGAAAGUUACCUGGAAUGUAUGGUGGCGUAGGCGAUUUGGCGUACAAAUGCUCAGGUGGACGUCAGGAUGACCGUUGUAAGUGCUUCAACCUUCGUCUCAUGUGGAGGGCCAGUGGAAAAGGGGAAAUAUAUGCAUAUAUGCCACUGAACAAUAUCAAUACUAAGCAAUUACUCGCUGUUCCGCCCAAGUCUGUACUAAACAAUGACUACGGAAUCUCAGUCGGCAAAGGCCCCUACACAUUGUCGACAGGCUUGUGGAUAACGAUAGCUCAACGGGUGAAGUUGAAUACCCCUGGAAAGACAGAUGGUGCGCAUAUAAUCAUAGCGAUACAUUAUUCUGUUCAGGCCGAAUUCGUUAUAGGCGAAGUCCAGUUGUGGAUGAAUGGCAGUUGCGUUUUGCAUGUUGUUGGUCUAGUCAUGCGAGAAGACGCGGCGUCACAUAUCAAGGGCAUGCAUUUUCAGACUUUCUUUGGAGGUCAUAGUAUUGAUUGGGCAUCCCCAAAGGACCAACGGGCCUGGUUUGCUGAUGUUUCAGGCGCAAUUAUGCAUUGAACCAGGAGACCCACACUAUCACAUAGUACCUAUCCAUGGAUCCACAGAUGCAAACAUAUAAAAUGAACGACAGUGUUGACCAAACCUCCGAGACAACAUACAAUAACAAGCAAUACAAACAGUUAGGGAUAACUGUGCUAGAUACACUUAACAUGCUCUUUUUACAUACAAUCAGUUUUACACGACACGAUACAACAACGAUCGUACAAUGAAUCUAGCGAAACACUUCAAAAAAACAGUGUACCAAUUGAAUCUGAUUUAAGAGAAGGCAAGCACGGACCAGGUAGCCACAGCACCGAAAGCAAAUGCUGUUGCUGUGUGUGCGACGCCGGACAUUGACACUCCUUUCCUCGCACGUUUAGAAGGGGAAGGCUCCAUUACAUCAUCGUCAACAACCGUCUGGACGGGCGGAAGGGCCUGUGGUGUCAACGCCAUCACAGUGUCUUCAUCAUCGAUGUUGACCACCUCGAUAUCGGCCGUUUUGAGCUCAACUUCCGAGUGCUUGCGCUUCAAAUUUGCAAACGUCUUCCGAGUUACUAGUCACUACUUGUGACAAGA